AUGGCUCAAGGUCUCCUAAAAAAGGCGCCGGCGAAACCUUCGUCCUCAAAACGACCAACAGCUCUCGGCCCAAAAAAAGGACGAAAUAGCCAGAUCGCCCCGAAGAAGGCAGCGCUGAUCAAACAGCAGAAGAUCACGAAGAAACUAUCGGCUGGAUUAACCGCCAAGACAGAAAGGAGUCUCGCGCAGCGGGCUGGACAUCUUGAGUUGCUUGCUGGGGGCAAGAAGGAUAAGAAGGCUACUGCGGCGGGAUAA